AUGUCGGCUCCAAAGGACGACAUCAUUGUCACCCGCGUAGACCGGGAUGUCCACAAUAAACCCAUAAACGAAGCAACAGAAACGACGUCGCUACUGAGCGCAGGCGCUGCGGAUGGCGACAGCGCUUGUGAAGAUACAUGGCCGGGUUACGCGGAUUUUGAAGGCUUGCCGUGGUGGAAGACACCAUCUGUAGGAACUAUCCGGCUCGGACCGCUCGGUGAUCCCCACGUCUACUGGCUUCUCGUCCCGUAUGCUCUCUUCACACUGGCCUUUGGAGGUUCAUUGGUGCCCAAGCUGAACUUAAUCGUCGAUUUGGUCUGCCAGAGGCACUUCGCCGACCAGACGAUCCUGGAUCCGGCAUUCGCGUAUACACCUGUGAUCCUCGGCGCGGACAACCCGCAGUGCCUCAUCAAGGAGGUCAAGCAGCGGGUGUCUAUGUUUACGCUGGCCAUUAACCUCAUUACGGGAAUUUUAUCCGCCAUCACUGCGCCCAAACUGGGCCAACUUUCUGACCGAUAUGGCCGUAGGAAGCUUCUUGCCCUGGCGUCCUGCGGUGGUGUCGUCGCCGAGUUGAUCACCAUCCUGUGUGCAAACUUCCCUUGGACCUUUCACUACAACUGGCUGCUUCUCGGUGCCGUGGCCGAUGGACUCACCGGAUCCUUUACGGCCGGCAGCGUUCUCAUCAACUCUUACACGAGCGACUGCACCCCGCCAUCCCAGCGCGGCGUGCGUAUCGGCUACCUUCAUGCCUGCCUCUUCACCGGUCUGGCUUUCGGACCGCUAUUGACGGGCUACUUCGUCGCCUGGACCGGCACUCUUCUUUCAGUUUUCUAUGUCACUAUGGGAUGCCAUAUUUUCUUCAUCAUAUUUGUCGGACUUGUCGUUCCUGAGUCGCUCAGCGUCAAGCGCCAGAUGCGCGCUCGCGAAAAGCACGACCAAAAGCAGGAAUCUCUGGUCGGGGAGGGAACCUGGUCGACGAUCAAGGCCGCAAAUCCCCUGGCUCCUCUUAGAAUUCUUUGGCCCCAGGGUCAGGGCACCUCGUCGAGACUUCGUCUUAAUCUACUUGCUCUCUCGUUCGCCGACAUGAUCCUUCUGGGUGCGGCCAUGAGUGCAGGUACAGUCAUUCUGCUGUACUCGGAAUCCCCAGAAACCUGGGGCUGGGGCAACUUGGAGAGCUCGCGCUUCAUCUCGGCCGUGUCCAUGGUUCGCGUCGUUGCGCUACUCGUCGUCCUCCCUACCAUUAACUACGUCUUCCGUAUCAGGCCCGCGGCCUAUCGAAGAAGGGUCUCGGGCGUCUCGAUUGUGGAGGCAAACAACGGCGCUGACACUGUCGACUGCUGGAUUCUGCGCUUCGCUUUACUGUCAGACGUGACCGGUUCGCUGGGUUAUCUCUUCGCUAGGAACGAGUCCGUCUUUGUGCUUUCCGGUAUGAUCACGGCCUUUGGCGGACUCGGCAGCGCAACGAUUCAAGCUGCCAUCACAAAGCAUGUGCCCGCCGAUCAGGUUGGACAGCUCCUGGGCGCCAUCGGCGUUCUGCACGCUCUGUCGAGGGUGCUAGGCCCCAUCGCAUUCAACACACUUUACUACUCGACAGUUGGAUCGUUUGACCAGGCCAUCUUUGUCCUUCUCGCGGCUCUAUUUGGUUUGGCGUUCUUGGCCAGCUUCAUUGUGCGACCCGGUGUGUACCUCGAGGAAACAUAUGAGCCUGUGCCUACGUCGGAGCCACAAUCAAGCGUCAACGCUAACGCUGAAGCGCUGGAAGUGUUGACAGAGGAGGAGAUGAUACCUAACAACUAA